AUGUCUUCUCUGACUCUAUUCAGUAAGAGUAUGAGAUUGACAGCAGUGCAAUUCCGUCAAUUUUCUUCUUCCAUACAUCCUCUUAAACCUGCUGCAGAUUUAGAUAGAGAACUAGACAAAUUAGCCGAACUGGCAUUCGAGUCCAAGAAACAACAGCUACCCAAAUUGGAAAAGGACAAAGUGGACAGGUUUGAACUGUUAAAAACAUUCAAAAAAUAUGAUCCUAAAGUGCAAACAGAGCGUGUGGUAGUACCAGGAGUUAACAGACCUAUUCCAAUUAACGUUGAACUCAACUACUAUUCUCCUUUGAAACAUGCUGUUAAGUAUGGAGACUUGAAAGCUGAAGUGGUUUUCAAAUGUUUUGAUACAAGAAACUUGGAAUUCUUCUGCGAUUUUGCUCUUAGAGCUGCCUAUUAUUUGGGAAUGCCUGCAACUGGGCCCAAACCAGUGCCCGUGAAAAGAGAACGGUGGACUGUGAUUAGAGCACCAUUUGUCCAUGCAAAAUCGAAAGAAAACUUUGAGAGAAGAACUUACGGUCGUGUGAUUAGGAUUUGGGACUCUACAGAAAAGGUGGUGGAUACUUGGCUUGCUUAUUUGAAACAAAACUCCGUCUGGGGUGUUGGUGUUAAGGCCAGCAUGUACGUUAAUGAGCCUCUCGAUAUUUCCGAGAAGAUGGUGCAACUACCGGAGUCAGAGAAAGUGCUGACCGAUCUAAGUAGUACGUUAAGGUCCCUUUCGAAGGACAGCGAGAAUCCUGUUGCUGCAAAGGUGCUGGAGUUAUUGCAGGACCCUAUGUUCACCAAGCAUAUGAGUAGUGAGGAGGUCGAAGAUGUCAGACAGGCCGAAAGCGAUAAGAAGAUGUAA